UGCCAGGUGGUGGCACACGUCAAAAACUUUUGCAAUGAAGCGACUCAUCUUAAUGCUAAGCGUCCUCGGCGUUGCCUUGGCCGCCAGACCCAUCUCCGAUUGCGGUGAACGCAUUGAGGACGAUGGCUAUCCCAUGGAACGACACACGGUGGAGACCAGCGACAACUACUAUCUAACCAUGCAUCGCAUUCCCUAUUCCCCCAAAACCGGCAACACCGCCAAUCGUCCCGUUGCCUUCCUCAUGCACGGCAUGCUCAGCUCUAGUUCCGAUUGGGUGCUCAUGGGUCCCGAGAAGUCGUUGGCUUACAUCCUCUCCGACGCUGGCUACGAUGUGUGGAUGGGCAAUGCUCGUGGCAACACUUACUCCAAGUCUCAUAGGUAUUGGCCCACUUUGUGGCAGAUCUUCUGGAACUUCAGCUGGCAUGAGAUUGGCAUCUACGAUGUUCCCGCUAUGAUUGACUAUGUGCUGAAGGUGACGGGCGAGAAGCAGGUGCAGUAUGUGGGUCACUCCCAAGGCACCACUGUCUACCUGGUCAUGAUGUCCGAGAAGCCUGCCUACAACGACAAGAUCAAGUCCGCCCAUUUGCUGGGACCUGCUGCCUACAUGGGCAACAUGAAGAGUCCGCUGACACGCGCCUUUGCUCCCAUUCUGGGUCAACCCAAUGCCAUGGUUGAGUUGGUUGGCUCAAUGGAGUUUAUGCCCAGCAAUAAGUUCAAACAGGACAUGGGCAUUGCCAUGUGUCAGGCUACUUCCCCUUACGCUGAGAUGUGCGCCAACGAGGUCUUCUUGAUUGGUGGCUACGAUUCCGAACAGUUGGAUUAUGAACUUUUGGAGCACAUUAAGGCCACUUCUCCCGCUGGCGCUUCGGUUAAUCAGAAUCUGCAUUUCUGCCAGGAGCACAACUCUGGCAAAUUCCGCAAAUUCGACUACUCGGCCAUUCGCAAUCCCUAUGAAUACGGCAGCUUGACGCCUCCCAACUAUAAGCUGGCCAAUGCCAAGGCUCCUGUUUUGCUUUACUAUGGUGCCAACGAUUGGAUGUGCGAUGUGGGUGAUGUGCGUAAGCUGCGCGAUGAGUUGCCCAACAUGAAACUGGAUUAUUUGGUGCCCUUCGAGAAAUGGGCUCAUUUGGACUUCAUUUGGGGCACCGAGGCCAAGAAAUACGUCUAUGAUGAGGUGUUGAAGCAAAUGAAAACCUACGCAUAG